AUGCUCCAGGAGAUUAGAAAAUCCUUAAAUACCCUGGAGAAGAUUGAGUUUGUGGACGUUGAUUCUGAUAUGCUGAGUUCGUCUGAUACUUUGUCAUCAAGUUCUUCCAUUUUACCUUUUCAAACUUUCAUCAACAAGUGCCAUCUGUUAAUAUCUUCUGAUGACACUACUGCUUAUAGAAUACUCGGUGAAUCUCGGCAGUUUCUUAUUCUUCUUCAAACUGAUAUCGAGGACCAUUUAAACUGCCAACUUCGUCUCUCUCUUCUUCAUAAACAUCAAAGAGUUCCAAAGAAGCAUCUGGAUCAUACACUCAUACCUAUCUUGCUCAUUGAAUUCACCAGAACCAUCUGCGUUAGCCAACUGCACGAAAUCAUUUUCCAGCUGAUUAUCAGGAUCAUCAUAGUUAAAGUCGUCAUCCAUAGCAGCCUCUACAUUGGGAUCAAAGUCCAAUCUCGAUCCCAAAACUGGGAUAGCUUUAUUCAAAAGACUAACUUUUUUUUUUUCACAGAAGAAGCGAAUAUCGACGAGGCUCGGCCCGUUCGCUUGUUUCCAUUCAACCGACAGCUUUUUAGUAUCCUUCAAGUGUCGUAA